CGAUUGUGCAAAGAUCAGGCCAUUUUAUAACUUUAUCUUAGUGGAAGAACGCAUGAAAUGGAAUAAUACAGGUUUCCCACAAUAGCAGAGAAUUUACAAAAAAAUGUAGCAAACGACAAUAAAGUAGAGGUGAAAGCCCUUUAGUUAACACUUAAUCAAGAUGGAUGAACUGGAGAAAUGUAGAUUUUGUAAAACAUAAUUCGUAACGACGUAAUUCACAGAACCGUUUCUACUAACAUCAGCAAUAUGAACGCCACAACAGUGAGUAGCAUCAACUCCACCAUCAUGAGCAACGCGAAUGCCACAACCGCCAGUAGCGUCAACACAACUGGCAGUAUUGCUGGUGCUGGCGCGGAUGAUUUUAACUUCAUAAGCGCAUAUGCUGAACCAUUCUUCGAGUUCCUAAAGAAGAACCUGCUACCAUAUCUGAUUUUCAUCCUCAAGGUUGUCGUCCUCAUCGUUUCAUCGGCCCUCAACGGAGCCUAUCUUCAUAUGUGCAAGAAGCUGAAGAAAUUUUCUGAACCAGUUUGUAAGCUAACCAUAAACUUAUUAGUAAUUGAUUUAAUAGCUAUCAGCGUCGUUGGGAUUCCAUCUGGUAUAGCGUCUGUGGCGUCACUCGAGCAAGGCUUUUUCGGCUUUUGCUACGUCCAUGGAUAUUUUGUGGAAAUGAUAUUUUUGAAUAGCUUCACAGGCCUAAUGUUACUCAGCAUGGAGAGAUGUCUAGUGGUUUGUUAUCCAAAUCAUCAUACUAAAAUAUUUGGGAAUUCCACAAUAGUGCUAGUCAUGAUUGUUGGCAGUUGGGUUUUCAAUGGUGUCGUUGCGUCCAUCCCGCUUUGGGGACUUACUGCCCCCAUCGCCUACCAUCCUUCUCAGUACCAGUGUAACAUAGACUUCGUCCAGGACAUGAUUAACACAAUCCUCUACUUGGUGUAUGGAUACUUCAUCCCUAUUAUAUUUGGAAUCGUCACCAUGUCUAUUAUUAUUCACAAACGACGGUCUCUCAUCAGAGAGGCCAGUCCCUCAGAAGGAUCUUCCAAAGGCUCCACGCAAAACCUUAUUAAAAUGGCUGACUUGAAAAAUGAGAAAGAAAGACCAAAGAGCUCAUCUAAAGAUUCAAUGGGAUCAAAGGAAACUACAUUAACUGUUGAUGACGUUGAAGCAGAAUCCCCGCGUGUUGAACUUGCUACAAAACCAUCAGUCAUUGAAGAGAAACCUAAGAUCUCCAAAAUACAAAAAGGGAAUAAGCGAUGGAAGAAGUUAGCGAGUGAAAGGGAAAAGAUAUUCACUUUAGGCGAACUGGAUGACCAACAUAAAGAGUUCCACUUUGCGUUCACAGUCCUCUUGAUCUGGGUGUUUGCCCUGCUCACCUGGGCCCCGUUCGUUGGCAUUGUCCUUUACAAGGUUUUUACAUCGUCCGUUGAGACAUGGUCGGGUUGGUGGACUACAGGUGUAUUAAUAGUGGACAUCUGGUGGGUCAUCAAACCACUGGUCUAUCUCAGCCACAACAAGCAGAUAAAAGAGGAAGUAGAAAUGUCACUUCCUAAACAGUGGACAGAUAAAGCUAAUAAGGUGAAGAGAAAGGUAGCCAAAACCGUAUCAGCGUGGGAUAAAGUUUUCCACCAGGCCUUCAGGCGUAAGAUAAAUUUCUUCAAUGUAAGUUUGGCCAUCAAGGCGGUGCGCAGAUGGAAGCGUUUUGUGAAGAGAAAGAAACAAAGACGAUUGAUAGAAGAAAGAAGAGAAAUGAAGGAGAAAGCCGCGGAGCUCAAGGAGGCAACGGAGAAAGAAAAUGUGGAAAUACCAGGAGCUGCGAAUUAUACCGAAGGUCCCAUUCAAUAAAGCUAUCAACUUGUAACUCUAAAUGGCAUUUAGUACAACUGUGCCCAAUACAGACUUCUCUGUAUUCUCAAGAUAAUACUACACAAAAAUGAUUAGAAAGGAUACAUAUAUUAUUCAAGAUAAAUUUCAAAACGUUUGCUUUCAUGGAUAGUACAACAGUGACACUUGAAAAUUAUCAGUGUGGCGUAGUCAAGACUAAAAGCUUGGCCCUCCCUCUCCCAAACCUUAGGGAAUGGGAAUUCAUCUAUCUAGACAAGACUAUUUAUUUAGACCUGAACGUCAAAUAACGUAAUACAUAAUGUAGGUGAAGCUCUUUUUAAAGAAGCAACAGUAUUACAGUAUUACAAAGGGUAUGAACUACUUUAAAGGGUAUCCAAAGCAAUAAAUACCUUAAAGGGUUUUAAAAUGUAGAUAAAACGAUUGUAUGUUGCAUGUUGCUUAGACUAAUUGUGUUCUUUCUGACUGUUGGUUGUUCAGUUGAUUUUCUCAAUAUAUCGUCGAUACUGUCCCCAUAAUUUGUUCUCAAGAUAUAUCAAAGAUAUUAAAAAUUACAAUGGGACACCACUGAUUAUUUGGAAGGACAAACCUUUAAAUGAUAAUAAAGACAAUGCAAAACGCUUUACUGAAAUAAAACUAAAUGUACUCAUCAACUCUUUUUCUUA